UCAAGUGACAUUAAUGGCAUAGCAAUUCGCAAAAACUUUUAUCAAUUUGAGCUUUUUAUGUAAUAAACAAAGGAGGGGAGAAUAUCGAUCAACCAUUUUCUAACAAAGUUCCGGAAGAAAGUAAUGGCUUUACUCUCUGGGACUGUGUACUGGAAGAGUGAGCAUUAGAUCUGCUGCUGGUCAAUUGUCGGUGGCGGCCAAACCCUCCAUGGCUGCAGUCUUUGGUUCAAUGGUUCCACUCCAUUUCUUUGCCAGAAUCUCAGGUCUUGUAGUCGCAGGUUUGGUACUCCUCUGGUCCCUUGCCUUCAAUUCUAGCUUUCUUCCUCACUCAUCCUCUCAAGAAGACCUUAUCUAUGCGGUUCUUCAUCCUUUGCUAAUGGUGAUUGGCUUCAUCCUCAUCAGUGGAGAAGCAAUUUUAGUUCACAAGUGGCUGCCUGGUUCAAGGAAUUUGAAGAAAUCAGUGCAUUUGUGCCUUCAAGGAGUGGCUUUGGCUUGUGGGGUUUUUGGGAUUUGGACAAAGUUUCAUGGGAAUGAUGGGAUUGUGGCUAAUUUCUUUAGUCUCCAUUCUUGGAUGGGUUUGAUCUGCAUUUCUUUGUUUGGAGCCCAGUGGGUAAUGGGUUUCUUGAGCUUUUGGCACCGGGGAGAGGGGCGCGCUGCGAGGGCAAGAGUGUUGCCAUGGCACAUCUUCCUGGGACUCUACACAUAUGGAUUGGCAGUAGCAACAGCAGAGACUGGGUUAUUGGAGAAGCUAACAUUCUUACAGUCGAAGAGAAACGAUGCAUUUAAACACUCUUCAGAAUCCAUGGUUGCUAAUAGUCUUGGAUUGGGGUUGGCACUGCUUUGUGGGAUUGUAGUUUUAGCUGCUGUCUCUCCAAAGUACCAACAUUUUCAGAAUAAAAUUGUGUACUUGGAAUCAGAUACCAAAUUCUUGUCUUCUUGAUAUACGUUGGAUCCAUGCUAUGAAUCACCUUCCUUUGUAUACUUUGUCAUGUACAUAGAGCAAAUGUGCUGUUGACUGUUGUUGAUGA